AUGCAGAAUGUGUCUGUGGCGUCACAGAUCUCGGUCUCGGCCUAUGAAGCAGACAAGAUCGUUGAUGGGCUCAAGCUAUUCAACAUAUCAGAGGUGGGCAGCCCGGAGUGGCUUGAUCAGCAGGACAAGAUGGACAAACUCAAUCUGCAGGCCCACCAAAGCGCCCAGUCUCACACGGAUGAAUAUGUGGUCGAAUCCAUAGUUUCCAGCGCCAAGGUCUCCCUGCUCCUGCUUGAGCUGCUGGUCAUUGAGGUCUGGAAAGAGAAGGUGCUGCCUCAUCUGGAAGAGCACCUGGCCCACAGAGUGGACAACCUGACCUCUAAUCAGCUGCUGUACUCUGAGGCGGGGAUGGCGAAUCUUCUGGAAGUCUGCCUGUAUCAUGAGCAUGCCUGCCAGGCCAUGAGCGAAGAUGCCCUGCUCGAGCUGUGUGACUGGUACCUGACAGACCAUGUGAAUACUGUGGCUCUGGGCGUGGCAGUGCGUCUGAUAUCAACCAAUGACACCAUCUCUGCCCUCAUCCCCUUGAUUGAUCGGCCCCCUUGGAAGCGGAGGGUGAAGAAGGAAAGCCAGACAUAUCAGAAUGGGCAGUGGCAGGUCAUUUCACCAGAGGGCAGCCUGAAACUGACCCAACACGAGGCGCAGGUGUGGCUGGCGCUGAACAACCUCUUAGUGGACCCAGGCUGCCGCGAAAAGGCGCUGCAGCAGAGCAGCCACGGAGUAGAGUCGCUGCAGCGCUUGCGGCGGCACAUGAACGAGGUGUUGCUGGAUCAGCUGCCAGUCCUGGCUGACCUGCAGAGAGUACUUGAUGAGCUGGCAAUGGGCUGUUCUGGCCUGCCGCACAAUGCACACUCCAGCCUCAUCAUCGAACAGGUGCCAAUGAUCCGGACGAGUAUCAUGAAGGGACAGAAUUGGCGCAAGAUUGCAGAGGAGCAAAGGGAAAGUUUCUUUGGGGCGGAGGCUGCGGCUUUGUCAGAGCAGCGCAUGCGAUCUAUGCUCAAGACCCUGGAGGCCAUGUGCGACAUGCAGCCAGAUCCGGCCGCUGACAAGGCAUGA